CUUUUGCUCACCAACCUGACAGCAGGAUGAAAUUCCUCGUGUUGGCUGUUCUGCUCACAGUGGGCGCUGCCCAGGAAGGCAUCAGCUCAAGGGCAUUAUGGCAGUUUCGUAGCAUGAUUAAGUGCACGAUCCCCGGCAGUGACCCCUUGCUGGAUUUCAACAACUAUGGCUGCUACUGUGGCCUAGGUGGAUCAGGGACCCCUGUGGAUGAACUGGACAGGUGCUGCGAGACACACGACAACUGCUACAGAGAUGCCAAGAACCUGGACAGCUGUAAAUUCCUCGUGGACAAUCCCUACACCAACAGCUACUCCUACUCAUGUUCUAACACUGAGAUCACCUGCAACAGCAAAAACAAUGCUUGUGAGGCCUUCAUCUGUAACUGUGACCGAAAUGCUGCCAUUUGCUUCUCAAAGGCCCCAUACAACAAGGAGCACAAGAACCUGGACACCAAGAAGUACUGUUAGAGCUAAGUAUCACCCCUCGAAAAUGUCAUCC